AUGAACAAGUGGGUCUUUCAACUAGUUUUUCUGUUUCAGGCUAAUUUAGCUGUUCAGCAGAGUAAGUACGAUAAAGCGAAUCAAAAUUUGAGAGAAGCCGAAGGGAUUUUAAAGCAAAAGGAUGAAGAUUUACGAAUCGUGCAGAAUGAAUUCGAUGCUGUUAUAGCAGAACGUCAAGAGAUUGUUGAUCUUGCUGAUGCUUGUCAAGCAAAAAUGGAUACUGCCAGUGCUUUGAUUGGUGGCCUGUCUGGUGAACGAAUUCGGUGGACUAAUCAACUGACCCUAUUCCGUUCCGAAAUCGAGCGUCUUACUGGAGACGCCGUCAUUCUGACGGCAUUUCUAUUCUACUGCGGACCUUUCAAUCAAGAGUUUCGCUCACUGCUUCAAAAACACUGGAUUAAUUUUAUCCAAGGAAGAAAGAUAGCUUUUUCAGUCGAUGUAAAUGUCACCGAUGCUUUAUCAGAUGUAGCAACAAUCAACGAAUGGAAUCUGCAAGGUCUGCCUAACGAUGAAUUAUCGACGCAGAAUGCUAUUAUCGUAACUAAUGCGUCCAGAUAUCCACUUCUAAUAGAUCCUCAACUGCAAGGAAAAACGUGGAUAAAAAACAAGGAAAGUGAAUGCGGAUUACAGAUUACCAAUCUCAGUCAUAAGUAUUUUCGGAAUCAUUUAGAAGACUGUGUAUCUCUUGGGAAUCCCUUAUUAAUUGAAGAUGUAAUGGAAGAGUUGGACCCCAUUCUGGAUAAUUUAUUAGACAAAAAUUUUUUAAAGAUGGGGACUUCCUUAAAAGUCAUAUUAGGUGAUAAAGAAGUGGAUAUGAAUAAAGACUUCCGAAUGUAUAUCACAACGAAAUUUCCGAAUCCUUCUUAUACACCAGAAAUCUUUGCGCGGACUUCAAUCAUAGAUUUUUCAGUUACAAUGAAAGGUUUGGAAGAUCAACUGCUGAGUCGAGUCAUAUUGGCCGAAAAGCGAGAAUUAGAAACAGGAAGAACUAAAUUAGUAACGGAUAUCACUGCAAACAAAAGAAAAAUACAAGAAUUGGAAGCGAAUCUACUCCAUAAAUUAACCACUGUUCAGGGAUCACUACUGGAUGAUGUAGAAUUGAUGACUGUUCUCACAACAACGCAGAAGACAGCCGCUGAAGUAACUCUAAAACUUAAUCUAGCUCGAGAUACGGAAAUCAAAGUCAACAUAGCAAGAGAAGAAUUUCGAAGUGUUGCAACACGUGGUAGUGUUUUGUACUUUUUGAUUUGUGAUAUGUCCAAAGUGAAUUGUAUGUAUCAAACGUCAUUGAUGCAGUUUCUGGAGCGAUUUGAUCUGUCAUUGAUAAGAUCUGAAAAGUCUCCAGUGAUUAGCAAACGAAUAAAUACGAUCAUUGAAGUAUUAACACAUCAAAUAUACGCAUACACAGCUCGCGGCCUAUAUGAGAAUCACAAAUUCUUGUUUCUAAUCAUGAUGACAUUAAAGAUAGAUCUACAGCGUCGAUCUAUCAGCCAUGAAGAAUUUGAAUAUUUCAUUAAAGGUGGUGCAGGUCUAGACCUCAGUACAAUUAGACCAAAACAAUGUAAAUGGAUAACAGAUAAAACUUGGCUGAAUCUGACGGCACUCACAUCACUUCGUCAGUUCCAACAUGUUCUAGCACUGAUUGAAGCAUCCGAAAAAGUAUGGAAGAAUUGGUAUGAUAAAGAAGCUCCUGAACUAGAAGUGAUACCUGAUGGCUUUAAUAAUCUAGAUUCAUUCCGACGGCUCUUAUUCAUAAGAAUUGUUAGAGUAACAUUACAAAAUCUGCUACUCGCUAUAGAAGGUGUUAUAAUUAUGAACGAGGACUUACGCGAUACUCUAGACAAUAUUUACGAUGCUCGAAUUCCGAACAUGUGGCGCUCACGCUCCUGGAAUUCAUCUACACUUGGAUUUUGGAUAACAGAAUUGUUAGAAAGAAAUCAGCAGUUUUCAAAAUGGAUAACCAUCGGCCGGCCAGAUUCAUUUUGGAUGAGCGGAUUUUUUAAUCCACAGGGAUUUUUAACUGCUAUGCGACAAGAAGUAGCGCGUGCACAUAAAGGCUGGGCACUUGAUAAUGUCACCCUGUAUAAUGAAGUUACGAGGCAGAUGAUUGAGGAAAUUAGAAGCCCACCAAAUGAAGGUGUAUACGUUCACGGAUUGUUCUUGGAGGGUGGUGGAUGGGAUCGACGGAAUAAUCGCCUUCGAGAAUCAAUAAAUAAAAUCCUCCAUGUUGAAAUGCCAGUGAUCCUCAUUUCUGCAUUAAGUGGCAAAAUAGUGAAAGAUGUGAAACUAUUAUACGAGUGCCCUGUGUACAAGAAACCGAUGAGAACAUAUAUUACCUUCAUUGUGUCCCUUUCGCUUCCAACGAAUAGACCACCAGAAUUUUGGAUCUUGCGUGGUGUUGCAUUACUUUGCGAUAAUAAAUGAUCAUAUGGUAUUCAUGUACGAUCUA